CUCGAUUCAUCUACUACACACCUAUCCUAUAGACUCUCUCUCUCUCUUUUCCUUUUAUUUUUCCUCUCUUCAACUGAAUUCAUACAUACCUACCUCCUUGAAUAAUCAUGUCAGACUCUCUCGUCCCCGAAACAAGGGUCCUGGCCAUCGCCAGCCAUGUAGUCUAUGGUCAUGUCGGAAACAAAAUGGCAACCCUUGUCAUGCAAUUAUUAGGAUGCGACGUUGCCGCCCUGAAUACCGUUCAUUUCAGUAACCAUACAGGGUAUCGGCAGUUUAAGGGUACCCGGGCUACAGCAGAGGAGAUCCGAACCCUUUAUGAGGGGCUGUGCCAGAACUAUCUCACAGACUUUGAUGUCAUGCUCUCCGGAUAUGCGCCCAGUGCUGCGGCUGUUGAGGUUGUCGGCGAUAUCGGAAAAGAUCUGCAGCGGAAAGCGGCAUCGAAACCGGGGUCUUUCUUCUGGGUCCUUGACCCUGUCAUGGGUGACCAAGGUCGUCUAUACGUGAACAACGACGUCGUCCCAGCAUAUAAGAAGAUCAUCCCCCAUGCAGAUUUAAUCCUACCGAACCAAUUCGAAGCCGAAGUCCUCGCUGGCCUUGAAAUCGCUUCCCUCUCAAACUUGGCCGAAGCAAUCACCACCAUCCACAAAGUCUACAACAUUCCCCACGUGAUAAUCACGUCCGUUCAACUUGCUAAACUCACCUCCACAGCAGAACCAACCACCAACCCUAAUACCAACCCCCUCACCGUAAUUGGCUCCACAAUUACCUCGACGGGCCUCCCUCGACUCUUCCGCAUCGAUGUCCCCGCCCUCGACUGUUUCUUUAGCGGUACGGGUGACAUGUUCGCCGCUCUCACUGUCGCACGGCUCCGCGAGGCCGUCUUCACGGCCGCAGACCCGGACCUGAAAAACAGAAAGUCCUGGGUUUCGGGGGACGAGGUGCCCGCGACGGAGUUGCCCCUUGCCAAGGCAGCCGAGAAGGUAUUGGCUAGCAUGCACGAUGUACUUGAGAAGACGAUGGAGGCGAGGGAUGCGGAGCUAGCAGCCACUUCAUCAUCCUCUAUCUUAACUUCGGAUGAAGCUAGCGAAGAAGAAAAGCAGAAGAGGGAGCAUCUGAGACUGACCAAGGCGGCGGAGGUGCGGUUGGUAAGGAAUGCGAAGUUUCUGAGGGAGCCAACGGUUGUAUUUAAGGCCAAGGGGUGGGAGGAAUAAAAAAAAAAAUUUUUUUUUUUUCUUCUUAUUUCCCUUAUUUCUAUGCAUAUUGCAUUUUAACAUGCAUGGAUAAUGCCAGUCCAGUCCUAACUACAAGUAGUACCUGGUAAUACAAAGCAUGAUAGGUUGGGGGUAGUUUAAAGGUACCGGGGCUAUGUCCUUGUAAACUAACUAUAGGUAGAGAGACAACUAACAAAAGGAACUUUGAAUAGCAC